AUGGGUAUUACCUCUAUUACAGCCGCACGUAUCUUGGAAGGACAGAUGGAACGCGGAUACGGAGAGGAUCACGUGCUCAGCUGGGAGAAGUUUCCUUGGUCUGCCCAGUCGAAGACUUAUAAUGUGAAUUCACAGAGUGCUGACUCGGGUGCUUGCGCAACUGCAUUUUUGUGUGGUGUAAAGACAAAUCAAGGUGAGCAUAAAUACAACUGUAGUCUCGGGAGGGCGGGGCAACUCCGGCUUUUAAGUGACGGGGACGAUGGAACGAUUUUUUUUGUGGGGGGGGGGGUUGGGGAGUGGAGUUGGGGGGAUUGAAAUUUUCUAUUCCAGGAUUUUUUUGGGUCGGAAAGUCUGGCAAGUAUUUUUUCAGGUGGCCUGAUUUAAGUAGGGUAAGGCCCGCGUGACAACUUCAGAUAGUAUUGAUGAAGACACAAACGCAAACAAUCAAGUUCAAUUUUUUUAAUUUUAUUAUGUUUCGUGUUAUAUUAUUUAAUGCCUUGUGGAACUUUUUAGGGCUUGGAAAUUUGGCAUGGAAAUUUUUUGGAGAUAACGUGUUGUCCAGGGAUUUUUCUGGUUUUGAUUUUUGCCGCCAUUCGAUCAUCCACGUCACUUGUAAUUCACAGUACCCCCACCCCGGCUUCCCCUGUGAGUGUAGUUCAGAGUACCAAUGACUUUUUUCCUUAUUAUUUAGAACUGAGAGAACUGAGAAUUCGGAUUGAACUUGGAAGGUGGGAUGACGAGAUCGACAACCUAAGAGUGAACUAGCCUCUAGCAAUGCUUACAAGCGCCAUAAUUUGCUGCUUAAUAUAAAAGCGGGAGACAACCUAUGUAUAAGAUAAAGACGUAAACUAAAUGCCUCAUGGGGGUACACCAACAAAGCAAAUCGUGUCUAUCAAAACCAUGUAUCCAGACAUGCCUUAUUUGAUCUAAAUGCUACUCUUCUAAUUUCAAUUUUAACUUACCUCAUGGUGAAAUUUCCUUUUAGAUUAUCGCAAUUUCGGUGAAACGUUAUUAUGGUAUACACGUCAGUAAAAUUAGGCACCCAAGUAUUUAUAUUAAUAACCCCUCUUACUGCAUGUAGUUGUUACUAUCCGUAACUGAAAAUAUUUAAUCAAGAAAGCUUUAAAGGAUUUAAAAUCUUUAAAUCCUUUAUGGGAGUGCACCAACAAAGCAAAUCGUGUCUAUCAAAACCAUGCAUCCAGACAUGCCUUAUUUGAUCUAAAUGCUACUCUUCUAAUUUCAAUUUUAACUUACCUCAUGGUGAAAUUUCCUUUUAGAUUAUCGCAAUUUCGGUGAAACGUUAUUAUGGUGUACACGUCAGUAAAAUUAGGCACCCAAGUAUUUAUAUUAAUAACCCCUCUUACUGCAUGUAGUUGUUACUAUCCGUAACUGAAAAUAUUUAAUCAAGAAAGCUUUCCAUUAUAAACUCUAACUUAUACCCUUUACGUUUUCACAAAACAUUUUCCUCUUUUCAUGAACAUAAUCGGAAUAUUUUAGUUAGAGAUCACUAACAAACUAUUGAAAAGAAGUCUUCAAAAGUGCGUCCCGACUCGGCUGCCUAUCCUAACAGCGGAGAGCCGUUGGUAAUCAGUUUUGCUUUUUUUGUUGUUGUUGUUGUUUAAUUUAAAAUUAAAAAAAUAAUAAAAUUCAUUUUCAGAAUUGAUUGGUAUCGAUGAGAGAGGGAAGUGGAAGGACUGUGCUGGCCUAACAGAGAAUAAAAAGCUAGUUUCCAUCCUCACACUAGCAGAAAAAGCUAAGAUGUCAACAGGGUUCGUAACAACCGCUCGUCUUACACAUGGGACUGUAGCGCCCCUUUAUUCACACUCUGUCAGCGGAGACUGGGAGAGUGACAAAGAUAAGUUAGAUGACGCAAAGGACGGCGCUACAAACUGCCCGGACAUUGGUAAGACCUAUUAUAAUUGUCCAGUGAUCUUCUUUAAUUAUUUAAGAAUUUCAGCAACAAUUCUUGAGGAGGACACAAAGUAAUUUCUUACCUGGUUUCCAUAAUCUUCUGGGUCGUUUUGAUCGUCCGAGUCGUCACAGGUGGACGCGGUGUUCAUGUGGAACGCCUUUGAUACGGCGUGACUAACUGUUAGGUUAUGCCAGCGUUUACAACUCCCACCCAUAAGAAGAUCAAACUUCCCCGGCGAUUUUAUGCAAAGAAGUGAGUGACGCUGAACGUCACGAUUAUCCCAAAGUUCCUACUUAGCAAGGGAAUCCGGGAUAUUGGAAAUAUUUUGCUCGUGGAUCCGGAAUCCUGGGCUUUGAAAUCCGGAAUACAGAUCAAGGAAUCCGGAAUCUCACUAAUGAUUGGAAUCCAGAAUCCAAUUCCACUGACAAAGACUCAGGAAUACGGAAUACACGGCGUGGAAUCCAGAAUCCCGGACAGUUUUCAAUUCCCUUACUUGGGGCGACAAAACUAAACUGUUGGAACAAAUAUGGAUUAUAUUUAGGCCUUAUGGAAGCUAUUCUAUAAAAUCAAUGCAUGAUCAACUUUUCGCUUUGGCUCUGAUGCUCUUUUCUUUUCUUCUCUUCGUCCUUAAAGUGCUACUACGAUCAAAUUUGGGAAUUUGUUUUUGAUUACAUAUUUCGAAAAUGUAUGUAAAAGUGACUUACCGUGCCAAGUUUGGAGUCCAAAUAUGAUCUGGAAGUGUGUUUAUUUGAACGGCAAUUUUCGUAAAUGUCUUGCCGCCAUUACUCGAUUCAAAAAAUGACCGGGAGUAGUAUUUGAAGGAGUUGGGGCGAGAUGUGACGUAGAAAAAUCAACGCGACAAAACAAGGUAAACAAACGAGGCUAAUUUCGCAUGCAGGACGAGAUAUUUUUGGAAGCUUUUGGAGGUUCUUUCUUCGCUUUUUUGACUUAAAGCGAAAGUAUGCCUGGUAGAUGUUGUGUUGUUCAGGACUGUGGAAACGUAAAGAACGAUGAAUUCUCCUGAUUCGGGCAGCGUUAGAUUAAAGUGGAAAAGGUUCGUGUCCAUUCAUCGGAAGGAUUUCAACACAGUGGGAAAAUUUGCUGUGUGCUCGGAGCAUUUUACAAGGGAUUGUUUUACGCUUGCUUUUCCGAUGAAAGGCAUGAAAAGGAAUUUGAAGAAGGAGACGUUUCCAACCAUUUGGAAAAAAUCCUCUCAAACACUAUCAAAGCGGAGUCGACGAUCGGUGAGUGAAAUUACAAUGUAUUUGCGCUGUGCUUAUCACCGUUAUAUUUAUUUCCCCUUUUACCUGUGACGGGAUUUUUUCUGGCAUCGUUGUUCAAUAUUCGUGUAAUGAAUGCUCUGACUAUUUGGACUUCCCAUAUUGUUGUAUGUGUUUUCAUACUUUUCUGGUUUCUUCUCAUAGUUAUAGUAAAACGGGCAUUUGCGCUGAGUGGACGUGAAGUCAAUUCCCCAAUUCCCAGACCUUUCCACUCAAGCGUAAAAUUUAGAAACAGUAAAGCUACAUAGAAAUCCGGCUCUCUAUUUUUUGAGAGAUUAUCUUGCUGUUACUUUGAGAUUUGACAGUACUCCAAACUUCCCUCCAAGAAAUCUUACAGCAAAUUAGGAGUUACACGCGAGUCUUUUAAAACGACCAAAAAUGGACUUAGUCUGAUUUCUACAUUCUAUAAGUUCAAUUACUGUUUGCGGGGUUUUUUUCGUUUGUAUUUUAAUUCUAUUUUCACUGUCUGCAAAUGAUGCAUACAUUUUAAGGCAAAGAUGCGGUUAAACCUUGCUUCCAUUUCUACUUUUGAAAACAUCGACAUAAAGCUCAAAUUUAAACUUGUUUUGAAGGGGAGAUAUAAAAAAUGGUCGUACCUAUUUUCAUUUUUAGCUACUAAAUGAAAUUCUGGCUGGUCAAACUACUAAUGAGGAUACCGAGGAAGAAGACAAUCCUGAAGAAGAGGUGAUCUCUUUGAAAGGAAGUUCUGCACCUGAGGAGAGUGCUGACACUAUGGGGGCUCCCAAUCUCAACCCUGAGGAGUCUCCAGAAGUCGAGGGUGUUCUGAACACAAGUCAGGGUUCUUUGCUUGAGGUAAAUCCUGAAAAGGAGGGCUGCAUCCCUGAGACUGAGACGGGUGAGAUAAGUGUUGAUGCUGAGAUGGCUUCAGAGGUCCUAGGUACUCCUGGUGAUAAGACAACUCUCGAGAGCCAAGGGAUUUCCGGCACUGAUGAGGUUACUGAGACCAUGCAGAUCCUGGAGGCUCAGGGAAUCGAAAAACUGCAGGAUAUGGAUGAAGUUAUGCAGAUUGAUGAAUCAUUAACGAUUCCUGAACUUGAACAGGUUUCUAUGGUAGGCGCAUAACUCUAAUUAAUGUUUAUUUGCAUCUUUGUAUUAUCAUAACAAUGGAAAACUACAUGUGCAGUUAUUUUACAACAUUACGUAAACACAAAAAUUCCGAAGUCUUGUUAUUACAGCCUGUAUUAAUGUUGAAAGUUUGUUUUUUGUAGGAUACUCCAACUGGACAUGCUGGGAACUGCACAACAUGCAAAACCCUGAGGAGUGAGGUGACUCAAUUAAGGGGCAAAGUCACAAGACUGAAGAGUAAGUUAAUCUCCAGUCAAGAUCAGUGGGUUGAAACCUUUAAGAGCAUACAAGAGCCGAAGCAGUUGCUGAUGGUGAAUGCUGGUGAGUCAACAAUAAUUAUUGAUGUUGAUGAGUCAUAUAGGCAUAACGGCCUAUCUUUAUAUUUUUAUUACAUUUUAUCAAUAUUUGAUUAUUUAAUAAUAAUUAAAAUUUUAAUGGUAAUAGAAUUUUUUAAAUUCCAUUUGUUUAAGCUAUUCAAACUGAUCCAUGGCCAGUAACAAAUGAGACAGAGUUAGGGCUAGAGGAUGAAUCAGAAGAUGAGCAGGAAAUGCAGGACGACGCAUAUGAGGAGUUUGAGUGUGAUGAAGACCCUACAUGGAGUCCUGAAGAAAUCGAAGAUGCAUAUAAAAAACUAAAGGAAGAUGAUGACUCGGUGAAGACUCAUCAGAACCCAAGGUACAAAGAUGCAAAAUUUAUUGCAUUUUAACAUCUUAGCUCUAAGUAUCCUCUGGGAAGUGAUUAAGGCCUAAAACUAACUUCCAUUAUGAGAGGAUCUAUUUAGAAACAAGAGUACAUGAAAUUUGUUUUUAAUUUACUCAGAUAAGAAAAAAAAAAAAAAAAAAAAAAAAAGAAGAGGCAUAGCCAGCCCAUAGACUGGAAGUCCCAGGCCUAAAACGUUUGGUUUGUCCACUCAAUCACUUGUAAUAAAUUAUGCAUCGUUGGGGUGGGCAAGAUAGGUUAAGGGCUCAAAGUUGUCAUGUGUGCAAUCAACAGAAUUAUUAUAAAAAGCAUUUUUCAGGAUGUAUGUGAGAAUAAAAUCCCAACCCACGAUUAGCCAGGUUUACAACAAGUUGAAAAACUGGCAACACCCUGAAAAAACAAUAAAAAUGAUAAUCAUUUUUUUUUUUUAUUGUUAUUUUAUUAUUUCAGAUGCUAUGAUUAAAUGAGUAUUUCCUUUCAAUCAUUUUUUACAGGUUGGAUCUACAAGGAAAAAACAUUCGAGAGGAACCGAAGGGAAUUGUUUUCCUUUCCAAACUUCUUCUUUUGUUUCAGUUCUGCCACUUGUGCUUCUUUUCAAAACCCAAACUUUCUGUAUCACAGACAGGUACCUUGUUUACCAUAGAAAGUUUCUGCAGAAACUGUAGCCAGACAAAAGUCUGGAAGAGUCAACCAGACCUGCUAGGAAAGUUUCCAGCAGGUAACCUGCUAUUAAGUUUUGCAGUGCUCUGUGAGCCGAGUGAAAAGAAAGAAACGAUACAUUAAAACUGUAAUAAUUAUUAAAUUCAGGCUGAAUUCGAUUUAAUUUUUAUUACUUGUGUACAUGAAAAUUGGAGCAACAUCAGAAUUCCCAGCCACUAAACUUGAGUUUAACUGAACGCUAGAAGAACAGGGCUUCACACAGUGGGCAAGUUUGUCAUUCAACAAAAAGCGAGUAAGUGGCUGAGAAUUCUGAAGUUUGGCCCAUAAAAUUAAGUGUUUACGGACAAGUAUUCACGCAACUACUGUAGGUCCUUCUUGGCCCCAAUGGCAUACAUGACACUCUUCAAGAACAAACAGUGCAUUUAUUAUUCAUUUUCUUCAUCUUCGAAUCCACGAUAAUGGCCAUUUUGACUCGGAAAUUGUUUCCUGAUUUUAUUGUAGGCACAACAGGGCAAGGGGUAUCGCCUGGAACUACCAAUAUAACUCCACAGCAGUCUUGUAAAUUGGCGAUAGGCCACAGACCUCGGGAAUCUAGUUAAAGAAAUGAGAUCACUGUUAAUUCAAGGAGGGAUUGGAUGGAGAUAAAUAAAUACUCCUUUUAAAAAUAAGCAGUAGGGGCAAUAAAGCCAUUUAGAAAAUAAAAAAUGUGAUUCUAUGAGAUCAGUCCACGGCGAUAAGCUUAGAUGUAUCAAUUAUUCAAUGCUACGUACGGUUCGAUCGUUCUGAUACAAAGUCAACAAUACCCCAACUUACUCAUUAUCACUUUUGUUGCUUUGCCCACGAACAGUUGUGUACGACUUUCCAGCUCGCGUUUUUAGGCCCAGUGCAGCCACUCCUAAUACGUGGCGGUUUAAGCAGACGCUUUCAAACCCUGGAUGGAGGGUUAUGCAUAAGGUUCGGUCUCCAAUGGCUUCUUCCAUGACCUCUUCGCAGCGAUCGAUCUCUUUGCAGCAAAUGCACUCCUGCGCUUUUGUAACAAGGCUGACAGAGCAGUUCGAGCACGAACACCUGCAAAAUAAUGUGAAAAAUUCGUCAAACACAAGAAAAAUACGUCUGUAUAAAAUUAUUACUUGUCUGACCUCUUCAAUAAAACUAUCGCAUAAAAUCAGGACUACAGUUAAUCACAUAGCAACGAAAUUGUAAACUUAAACAAAACACACAGUCGCGUUCCUCACGCGCACGAUUUAACGACGGGUAUGUUGAAAUUGGAAAAUAUAAAUCUACAUUCCAUGAUAAUACCAUACCAUUCAUUCGCUGGCACCUCUCCCGAAUAUCUUCGCUGAAACUGUUGUUCCUCUUCUUCUUCGCGAUGAACUCUUUCGUUGUACUCCGCGGCUUCUUCCUCGGUAGCAAGGGGUUCGCAACUGUCGUCGUACGGCGCAAAUUCAGACAAUUCCCCCAUCACUUCGUCAACUGUAAAACUUUCUAGAUCAUUUUCAGAUGUGCAGGAAGAGGAAUCCGACGGAGAUGACAUCUUAAACGUCUUGUUCAAAGGCUCUAAACUCACAAACUUUUCACAAAUGCGAAUCUAUUGGUUGAUGUUUCUACGUCACAGUGCAUAAAUCACGUGGUCAAACGCACGACCGCUUUGAGGAGAUCUCGCGGGCUAUUGCUUUGCAAACUUUGUAAUGGCGGACGGUAUUUACGCACUUUUCAGUGGGAAAUUUCCAGCCCCCGUACGCAAGUAUCGUUCCAAUUUUUCGCUAUUUGUAUAAUUUUGAACAUAUACAAAAGAUUUAUGUUAAAAAGACUCGGAAACAAAAACAAAAAUUUUCGUCGUAGUAGCACUUUAAAAUGGGUUUAUCGGCAUGACAGCAAAAAAAGAAAUCGCUGCUUUAUAUUUUUUCUACAAAGAAGAGCACUAAUAAAUAUUAAAGGGAACCUCCACUCUUACUACAGAAUAAAUUUAAAUCGAAUAAAAUUAUGUUGAUAAACAAAUUUGUUCGAAAUUUGUCCUUAAAAAAGUGUUUAUAUCAGGAAAAGUGAAUUUUAAAAUCGCUUAUUUUCACUUUCAAAUUUCGCGGGCGCCGCCAUCUUGAAUAAUUGUGACGUGUUACGGUUGCUCUAUUGUUCUGACACAAAGAGCUUUUGUUUAAUAACAAUAGGGCAACCAUAACACGUCACAAUUAUUCAAGAUGGCGACGCCCGCAAAAUUUGAAAACAAAAAUAGGCGAAUCUAAAAGUUAUUUCUUUAGGAUACAAACGCUUUCUUUAAAAAUAUUUUAGAUUGACUUGACUGUAACAGUUAUUUCCUGUGAUUUAAAGUUAUCUUUUUGUUGAAGUGGAGGUUCCCUUUAAAGAAACUUCACCGAAACGAUAGAAAAUGGACUUUAACAACCGCACAGAAAAAACAGAAUAGUAGAUAUUCAUUACAGAAAAAAGUGAAUAUCCACAUACAUUUACUUAAGUAGUCAUUCUGCAGAUGAACCCAUCAUGAAACAAAUAUCUCAUCUUAGUGUUGUUUGGCGUAAAAUUGAUUUUUUUGGCUAGCAUAAGCUGGAUUAGGAGAAUUGAACCGACUAUAUUUGAUAUGAAGAGAACCUUUUUCCCUCCGACAUAAGUUUUAAUGCACCUUCACCGGGCUUACAAGCACAUAUAUAUCAUAUAGGUUAUAUUAAAACGGAAGAAAAAAGAACUGUUAAGCUAAACCAAACCUGACAACCACAGAACAAAAAAAAAGAGACUAUAAAUGAAAGAACAACAACAACAAACAAGCCAAGAAAAGACGUUGCAGCUGAUCUAUAACAUCCUCUUUUUCCAAAGCGCUCUUUUUAAUCCUUUUAUGUUUUUGUUUUUCUUUAAUCAGCCCAGCAACUUGUAGAUUACCCCCAUGGCAAUGGACUGGAAGUUGUAUUCGCGGGCGGACGGGAGAAAAUGAUGUCUCGAAACGACACAGACCCGGAAUAUCCGAAGGAAACUGGAGAGAGAUUAGAUGGAAGAAAUCUUAUCAAUGAAUGGGUCAACAAGCACUCUAACUCCCUUUAUGUUUGGAACAAGACAGCAUUUGACCAGAUUGACGUGGAAAAGACUGAUCAUGUGAUGGGUAAGGUUUCUCUACGUCACUGUAUAUCAAUAAUCAUUUAAGGUCUCGGUAAAGGAAAACGAGGUGCCCAAAGAAAAAAAUUCUAGUCGCGCGAGUAUUUUCGCUACAAAGGCAAGUUAUAUAUCAAAUUAAAGCUAAAAGACUAAAUUACCUUAUAAAAGAUUUUAUUUCAUCGAAUUUCAAAAGGGGCUUAAGUAUUUUGUUCUCGAACUCAGAGGUAUCGAGUUUACUGCUGAAGCUCCAGCCCUUUCGCGUUGUUAAAUAUUCACUUCCUUUUUAUUGUAUCUGAUUGACAGAUAAAAGACCUAAAAAAGGGUGUGAGGAAAUUUGUAUAUGUCUCGUAUUAGCGGAAUUAUUGCAUUUCAAACUAAAAAGUCGAAUCUCGAGCACGAUUUACGCAAAGAAACUGACAUAAAAUGAGUUACAAAGGAAAAUCGCAAUUCCUCACACCCUUUUUGAGUCUAUAUCAUUAUCCAUCAUAUCUGAAAGUUUCAAAGCGAUAGCUUAAAACCUGUCCCGACGGUCGGAGAAUUUUGAUUUUUUGCGUCUAAAAUAGAGUGAGAGAAAAUCAGCUCUAAAGAUUUAGCGCGAAGUCCACGCUUGGCUGGUUAGCUCAGAAAAGGCUCAUUUUAGAAGGGUUAAAAAGCACUUUCUGAUUUUCUUUUUCUGCCAAAAUAAAAUUUAGGACCCACUCAUGCCAAAAAUCCAAAAAAAACAAAAUCGAGCAAUGUACUAAAAUUUUCAUUUACCGAGACCUUAAGAGCGGUCAUUAUGUUUCUGAUUUCUGCCUUCCCCAGUUCGCAUGGUUUUCCAAACAUAAUGACGCUGCAAUACGUAUCGUAAUCUGGAAAUUUUAUUUUAAAACUUUACCACCUUUUUUUUCGGUUUUUGUUAGUUCAAUAUCCACACAGCAGAUCAAUAAGUACAUAACAGAUCAAUAACCACACCAGUAGUUCAAUGACCACACAUCAGUUCAUUGAGCGUAAACUACAUGCAGCUGCGGGAAAACAGCCACAAAUACGUUAGUUCUUGUUAAUAAGAAUGUAUUGCAUUAAGUAAGUGGUAAAUACUCAUUUAGCUAUGGUACGAGAACUAAAUAGAUAAAUAGCCAUGUUACACUGUUAUUAAGUUCUAGUGAGCUCACUAAUAUAGACAGGAACAUAGACUGAUGUUAAUUUAAAAAUUUUUAGUCUGCUCAGAAGGUCUGUCAUUCUCGUCAGGGGCACUGAACAGACCUGGAAAGAGAGUCAGCGCCGAAAAGGGAAAACAUCGACUCGGUCCGGAGAAAACUUCAACUAGAAACCCGACAAAGCGCAAGUUGAAAAAGCAGAAAAAAAAAAAUAAAUAAAUAAACAGUUAACGGUGGAUGAAACCUUGUUUUUUUACUCUCUUUCCGCACGUACAUACACUUUAUAUCAAUAAUCAUAAGAGAGGUCAUUAUGUUUCUGAUUUUUGCCUUCUCCAGUUCGCAUGGUUUUUCAAACAUGAUGACGCUGCAAUACGUAUCGUAAUCUGGAAAUUUUUUUUUCCUUUGGGGGGCGGGGGGGGGGGGGGGGGAGAAAAUGGGUAAACCUACAACUUACAAUUUGUAUGUUGCUUAUUACCUUUAAGGUCUAUUUGAGCCAAGUCACAUGAAUUACGAGGUCGAUCGUGAAAAUGAUACUGCUGGAGAACCAUCCAUUGCAGAAAUGACAGAGAAAGCCAUACAGAUACUUAGGAAAAACCCUAGAGGGUAUUUUCUUCUCGUUGAAGGUGACUAGAAGUUAUUGUAUUCAUUGUAAGUUAUUUUCGCAAUUUAACUUCCUGUUUUUUCACUAAGGGGCUUUUACGCUUCCUUUUCACCAUGGAAUUUAAUUGCUUACUGUAAAAACUACAAGUUAACGUCAAACUUAAAACUCUUCUACAACAGAUAUACUUCGCAAGUAUUAUAUCAAACGUUACAAACAGUAAAAAUAAACCCAUAAAUUGAAAAGGUGUUGGGCUAGUUUAGCAACAGUUCUAACUGUUGGAAUAUUCUAUUAAAGCGCUCGCAAGAUGAUUUUCGGAUGCCUGUCAUUUUUGCCUACUUCCCUUUUCUUCUUCACUACUUCUAGCCAUCGGUCAAGUAGUUGUCUCGCAAAAGAAAGCUUUAACACAACUCGAAAUGACGAAAAACAUGCACAUCACAUUAAUAAUAUUUCCUUUCAGUGAACGUUCGUUGAAGUAUUAAGUUCACAUACGUAAUUUGGACGAAAUUGUAGCCGAUGUACUAGCUUGUACUGUUCAUCUGUCUUUCUUUUCAAUCCAUAUACUAAAGUUUGAUGCUCAGAUUUCAGUCGUAAAUUUUAAUAACAACAACGGCUAAACGAACAGAUCGGUGGUGAUCUACCUGCGUUCAUAUUAAGAGAACGUGACUGGGAUUACUGUUAACGAUGCAGUUUAUUAUUUAUUUGGUUAUAUAUUUGUCUGUUUAUCUCAUUAGCUGCUCGUGUGGAUCACGGUCACCACGCUGGAAAAGCAGUACGUGCGAUAAAUGACGCUGUUGCCAUGGCAAAAGCCGUUGCGAAGGCCGUCAGUAUGAUCAGUAAGGGUAGGUUGACAUGAUACCUUCAAGGUCAUAUUCAAUGUUUUUUUUGCUUCUACGACUGCUUUAUGAAAACGUGCGCAUUCACGAAUGUGAACAAACUUUCCAUUUUUUAAUUGAUCGGUUAUUGUCAAGGUUGUUAUGGAAACAUGAAUUUCUUUCACCUCACGACUCUUUUAAAGCUACCUUUACUUUGUUUUGUUUUAGGUAGUUUAUUUAUCAAUACAGAUCAUAUUGAGUUAUUUUUGUGUUAUGUUUUGAUUGUUGUUUAUCUACUUGCUCGCUAGUCUCUAAAGAAGUAUAGUUUAUUCCUUUUUUGCGCAGGGAUCUCAUUAAGUUGCGCAUGAAUACAUCAAGUUUACCCGCCUCAAAAUAGUACGUGGCGGGUUUAACAGCUUAAACCACCUAAAAUAGCACAAGACUUCACCUUAAUGAAGUUCCAAUGCACUUUGCUUAUGAGAUAUAGACCUACGGCUAUAAUCAUCAGCGUUUAUUUAUCCCUGAGGAAGUUAAUGAGAUUCCUGCGCAAAAAAAAUAGCAACUGGUGUCUACUUCUCCCUAACGAAAUAACGUGUACGUUUUAGUUGUUGGCGAGUUUUAAAACUAGAUCAUUUCCCUCACACAGAUGACACCCUCAUCAUUGCAACCGCUGACCACUCACACGUAUUCACUGUUGGUGGCUACCCAAAACGAGGAAAUCCAAUCUUUGGUCUUGUAACGGACAUUUACGAUAACAAACCGCACCUCGGCAGUGAUGAGAAACCAUACACCACUCUAGGAUAUGCCAACGGACUUGGAGGGGUUAAUGGUAGCAGAGAAAAUCUCACAGGGGUUGAUACAACUAACAAAGACUUCCUUCAACAAGCGACGGUAAUGCGGUACAAGGAAACUCAUGGAAUUGAAGACGUAGGUAAGUGUUUUAGUGGUCUUAAACUCCUAUUAAAUUUCUAGGAAACUGAGCAAAAAAAUAGAUCAAAUAAGGCUUCAUAUAUUAGUUUGACUUGGGCAAAUUCGAAAAACAUCAUUGCUAUCUUGACUUAGAUUUAUGAAUUUCCUUGCAAUGGUUUACCCUUUCAAGUAAAUAUAAGUGUGUAAACGAGAGCUUCGCCCUUAGGCUUCGCUACAUGUAAAUCACGUUGUUAGUAUAAACAGUGCUGGCAAUCAUAACAAAGAGGACAUUAAGACGUUACCUUAAUUUCUGAUGGAAACGUCUGUACACGAAUACUUUAUUUAGAACGUGGCCCGGUGGACCUGGAAUAAAUCUGAAUCCUCUGCAGUGUAUUCGCUAGUUUUUAAGGCAUGUUAUUCGCUUUACUUGACAGCCGUGUAUUUUGUCCUUGUGCCUGAAAAUCAUUUCCACAAAUAGGGCUGUAUCUUUUUAAAACUUCCUUGUUUAUACAAGCUGUUUGUUUGUUUCGUGAGUUCAGCCAGUACCGUUUUUAGGCAAAAAGAGUCGCUGUGAAAUAUUUAUUGCCACUCGAUUCUUGAUCUUGAAUUUAAGUUACUUUAAGUCAGGCAACCAUGUAUUGUUUCGUCAAGUGUUGUAUUCCCCAUCCCCAGAACACAGUUCAAGGUAUCCGGAAUCCUACUAACGAUUAAAAUCCAACGCAAAGACUGGAAUCAAGUAUCUGGAAUCUGGAAUCCAUGGCGUGGAGUCCAGAAUCCAAGACUGUCUUGGAUUCCCUUACAUGAGGCGCAAUGGUUAAUAAACAAUAAGUCUUCAUGACCUUUAAAGCUUGAACAAAAAUGGCGGGCACAAUGCAGAAUUAUAAUUCUUUCUUUAGUUAGCUCUUUUCUUUGUUUCAUCAGGUCAUUGAAGUCUUACCUAAUUUUGCGUUGCACUACUUCAGGUAUAUACGCGGACGGUCCUGGAGCCUACUUAUUUCAUGGUGUUGUGGAACAGCAGUACAUCUUCCACGUGAUGGACCACGCCUUGUGUUUAAGUGACAGCAAACAAGAGACAUGUGAUAAGCAAGUGACAAGGGGAGGUCCAGUCAAAAGUGAUUCUAGUAAAACUCAAGUCCUUAAGACAAAAUGUCUGAUUUUGACAUGUGCAUUGGUGUUAAUGUUUUUCUAA